CCGUAAUUCAAAUAUGGCGACAUGAGGAAAUGGGGAAAUCCCUUUUAACAAAAUAGGUCUGCAAUUUCUUUAAAGGCCUACCUUCAGAAAUUAGGCAUUCCGUCCAAUGGCUUUAGGGGGUCUGAGUACAGGACAGGACCAAAUUACUGUACCCAACGACCCCUACAGUGAUGUCACUGACAAUUGCAGGGUAUGGCUUGGUAACCUUGACUCUCGCCUUACAGAGUUUAGCCUGUUGAAAGUGCUACAGAAGUAUGGCCACUUGAAGAGAUUUGAUUUUCUACUCCACAAGUCUGGACCUGAUGUUGGCAAGCCCCGUGGAUAUUGUUUUGCCAGCUAUCAGCACCGAAAGGAUGCUGAAAAGGCAGUGAAAGGUCUUAAUGGGAAACUGGCCUUGUCUAAACGAAUGAUUGUCAAAUGGGCUCAUGCUGAGAAAAAUGACCUGGAGCUUGCACCUAGACUCUGUGUCAAGAAAGAUCCUGUCACCUUCAGUACAAAGGAUGAUAAUCAAAGCCCCGAGAGCACAAUUAAAGCCAUUGAGGAGAAGCUAAAGAAUAUGGAAAAGACACAAGGUGAAUUUGCCAUGUCAACAAAACCAGCUGCUCUCCCUGGAACUAGUAAGCUCAGCGCCGUCCACCAACAAGCCAAACAACUCUCCACACAUAAGCCACGCUCAUACAAUAGACCCUACACUAAUAAUAGGCGGGGGCGAAGACGAUGAAACAGUCAGGAUCACUUCUAUAGUUGAAAUCAUCUUUUAAAGACAGUCAAAAGUUGUAUUCUGUGUUUUAAAAAAUUGUAAUUCCAUCCAGUAUUUAACAUGUUUGAGACAUGGUCAUCACAUGUUUUGGUAUAGAUAUUAUAGAAUAGGUACCAGUACUGUUCUUAAUAUUUUGAUGCCUAUCAACAAGGUAAAAGCAUUGUGGUCAGUUAGUUGCAGAGACAGUAUUUUGAUAUUGGUGUUUUGGUAGGUAAAAUUGAGGUUACCAUGGUAGUUCAAUGUUUUGAGGUUACCGUGGUAGAUACAGUGUUGGUAGAUACAAUGUGUUGAGGUUACCAUGGUAGAUACAGUGUUGGUAGACACAAUGUGUUGAGGUUACCAUGGUAGAUACAGUGUUGGUAGAUACAAUAUGUUGAGGUUACCAUGGUGGAUACGAUGUGUUGAGGUUACCAUGGUAGAUACAAUGUGUUGAGGCUACCAUGGUGGAUACAAUGUGUUGAGGUUACCAUGGUGGAUACAAUGUGUUGAGGUUACCAUGGUAGAUACAGUAUAUGGUGGAUACAAUGUGUUGAGGUUACCAUGGUGGAUACAAUGUGUUGAGGUUACCAUGGUGGACACAAUGUGUUGAGGUUACCAUGGUGGAUACAAUGUGUUGAGGUUACCAUGGUGGAUACAAUGUGUUGAGGUUACCAUGGUGGAUACAAUGUGUUGAGGUUACCAUGGUAGAUACAGUGUUGAUGGAUACAAUGUGUUGAGGUUACCAUAGUAGAUGCGAUGUGUUGAGGUUACCAUGGUGGAUACAAUGUGUUGAGGUUAACAUGGUGGAUACAAUGUGUUGAGGUUAACAUGGUAGAUACGAUGUGUUGAGGUUACCAUGGUGGAUACAAUGUGUUCAGGUUACCAUGGUGGAUACGAUGUGUUGAGGUUAACAUGGUAGAUACAGUGUUGGUAGAUACAAUGUGUUGAGGUUACCAUGGUGGAUACGAUGUGUUGAGGUUACCAUGGUGGAUACGAUGUGUUGAGGUUAACAUGGUAGAUACAAUGUGUUGAGGUUACCAUGGUGGAUACGAUGUGUUGAGGUUACCAUGGUGGAUACGAUGUGUUGAGGUUACCAUGGUGGAUACAAUGUGUUGAGGUUACCAUGGUGGAUACGAUGUGUUGAGGUUACCAUGGUGGAUACGAUGUGUUUAGGUUACCAUGGUGGAUACAAUGUGUUGAGGUUACCAUGGUAGAUGCGAUGUGUUGAGGUUACCAUGGUGGAUACGAUGUGUUGAGGUUACCAUGGUGGAUACAAUGUGUUGAGGUUACCAUGGUGGAUACGAUGUGUUGAGGUUACCAUGGUGGAUACGAUGUGUUUAGGUUACCAUGGUGGAUACAAUGUGUUGAGGUUACCAUGGUAGAUGCGAUGUGUUGAGGUUACCAUGGUGGAUACGAUGUGUUGAGGUUACCAUGGUAGAUGCGAUGUGUUGAGGUUACCAUGGUAGAUACAAUGUGUUGAGGUUACCAUGGUGGAUACGAUGUGUUGAGGUUACCAUGGUGGAUACAAUGUGUUUAGGUUACCAUGGUGGAUACAAUGUGUUGAGGUUACCAUGGUGGAUACAAUGUGUUUAGGUUACCAUGGUGGAUAUGAUGUGUUGAGGUUACCAUGGUAGAUGCGAUGUGUUGUGGUUACCAUGGUAGUGUGUUGAGGUUACCAUGGUAGAUACGUGAGGUUACCAGGGUAGAUACAGUGUGUUGAGGUUACCAUGAUAGAUAUGAUGUUUUUAGGUUACCAUGGUAGAUACGUGAGGUUACCAUGAUAGAUACAGCGUGUUGUCGAGGAUACCAUGGUAGAUACAGUGUGUUGAGGUUACCAUGGUAGAUACAGUGUGUUGAGGUUACCAUGGUAGAUACAGUGUGUUGUUGAGGUUACCAGGGUAGAUACAGUGUGUUGUUGAGGUUACCAUGGUAGAUACAGUGUGUUGAGGUUACCAGGGUAGAUACAGUGUGUUGAGGUUACCAUGGUAGAUACAGUGUGUUGAGGUUACCAUGGUAGAUACAGUGUGUUGUCGAGGAUACCAUGGUAGAUACAGUGUGUUGAGGUUACCAUGGUAGAUACAGUGUGUUGUCGAGGAUACCAUGGUAGAUACAGUGUGUUGUCGAGGAUACCAUGGUAGAUACAGUGUGUUGAGGUUACCAUGGUAGAUACAGUGUGUUGUCGAGGAUACCAUGGUAGAUACAGUAUGUUGAGGUUACAGGGAGAUACAGUGUGUGGAUGUCAUCAUAACAGAAGCAGGAUGUUUAGACUAUAAUGCAGAGGCGUUUCAAAAAUGAAUGCAAUUUUAUGGAAAUUGAAUCACCAAUUUAAUGGGAACAACAGUUCAUGGAAUGGCAUAAUUUUAUUGUGUAAAUGCUGAGAAAAUGUCAAAAUCUUAUAAUUGUGUAUGAAUGCAUUUGUAAGGCAUAGAUUAUGUUUGUUCUUGUCAUAAUAUGUGCAAUAUUCCUGUUAAAAGUGAAGACUUAUGUGAAAGUGAAGCAAUACCAGAGGUUCAUAAGAUAUGCUUUGAAUCAAUCUCUGCAAAAUCAUGAUUGUAUAGAUAAGAUAUGUUCUGUUCUGCCAGUAAUGUAUUAUGUAUAUUGUGUGAAAGUCAUGUGAGAUGUUUUAGAAAUUGUUUUAUAUGAUUUAAUUAACAUCUUUCCUUGUAUUGAUCUGAAGAAAUCUGUAGUUUACUUUAUUCUGUGCUGUUGAAUAUUUUCAUGUUAUAUGCAAUACAGACUUCACUGAAUUGUUUGACAGAGGUGAGCUUUAAUCAAGUCUCCAUUGUGAAGAUUACCGUCUUUCUGCAUGUUCCUAGUGACAAGAAAAUUAUGAAAAUUAAUAUUUUUGUAGAAAUCAUUUCAUAAAGCAAAACCAGUAAGAAAAUCUUUGUGUGAUGUUUUUGAUAACUACGCUCUAGCUGUUCCUUCAUCAGAUAAAGGACCACCAGUAUAUAUAUCUAUACACUGAAUUGUGAAGUGUACAGUACCAUGAUCAAAUUUACAAGUGACUCGUGUUAUAAGUUUGUUUACACUUAGUAGUAAAUAAUAUUGGACAAUCAAAUGUUAUCAUUGUUGCACUGACAAUGGGGGCUGCAAUGGCUGAGUGGUUAAGGUGUCCCAACACUUUAUCACUAGUCCUCCACCUCUAGGUUGCAAGUUUGAAACCAACAUUGGGUAGUUGUCUGGUACUGACCAUAGGUCGGUGGUUUUUCUCAGGGUGCUCCGGCAUUUCCCCACCUCCAAAACCAGGCACGUCCUUAAAUGACCCUGGCUGUUAAUAGGAUCUUAAACAAAAUAAAGCGCUGACAGUGUAUGUAGCAACGGUAAUGCCACAAAUAAUUUUCUUACAUGUUGUGUUGUAAGUGUAUAUACUUAUAAACUCAAAUAAUACCCUGUAAUUAUGUUUAUCACAUUUUAGUUGGCCUUUUCUUCAUGUAUUCUAUUACACCUGUGUCAUCAAAUUAUUAGAAGAUGUGUAUUAAUAGUAAAAGUGAUGUCAAAAAUAUACAUUAUUUUGGUAGAGAAAAGGGAGAAAUACAGUAAUAAACUGGCAAUAGAUCUGAUCAUAGAGGAUAUCUAAUGUAGACUUAUGUAUAAGAUUCUGCAUAAUGAAUAAAAUUUGUGUUUUUAAUCUGAAUAAAAUAAUGAAACUUU